UGGCGGAGAGGCAAGAUGGCUACAUCGACUUGGCUGCAUGGCCCAUCUGCUAUGCGACUUACAGAAGGUUUGGUGUCGGUUCUGAAAGAACAGCGUCCAGAGUAUUUACCUGCUCUGCUGGCCAACUACAGAGAACAUGGCGUGUUCACAACACAGGGCGCCGGCGCAGUCGGGGGUCUCGUGGGCUUCAGCAAUGCCAAACUGGGCUCGAGCAAGACCAGGUUUGAGGGGCUCUGCCUUCUUGCUAUGCUGGUUAAAGACAGCUCCAGUGAUCUCUUCCAGCAACACUGCCUUUCCUGGCUUCGCUCCCUGCAGCAGGUCAUACAGUCUCAGGCGCCAGUUCAGACCAUCCAACUAGCAGUGAACAUUUUGAAGGACCUGCUACAGUACUCGUCCCAACUACCAGAGCUGGCCAGGGAGGUUGGCCUCAACUCAGUCCUUGGCAUCCUGACAUCUUUGCUUGGCCUCAAGACAGAGGUGAGGUGGCAGGGCAGUGAUAUGUAA